AUGUGCUUGAAGUUUAUGCGAAAGUAUGCAGGGCUUCCCAAGGGACAUCAAGAUAGCGCCCCCAGUCACGGCAAAGGCAAGGAAACAAACGUGGCUGGAUCUUCUUCAGGUCCGGAUAGUAGCAUGGGUGGCAUGCAUCCUGACCACGCAGCCGACUACCAAUACAAGGAACAUGGCACUGCCUACGAACCCAAUGGACGUGGCACCACCUAUGGGUCCAAGGAACGUAGCGACGCCCAGGGGCCCCAGGGGGAUGGCACCGCUUACGGGUCAUAUGGGACCACAGGCCGCCAGAGGUAG